CUUGACUACUUUUCAUUUUUUGACAGGUCCAAAGCAGUACAAAAAGUUUUUAAACUUAAUUUAACACUUUCCUGGCAUUCACUGUUUGGAAAAUCAAGCCCAUUUUUGAAAGACGUGUUACAAAAGAACUUUAAUCCUGGUUGUGUCAUUGGUGCACAAUGGGGGAUGCCGAAGCAACACCCCCAUCACCACCUCUCUCCCGAGGUGCAUACAACAUCAACUUUGAUGAGUUGGAUUUAGAUGCUAUUGACCCAUUCAAACCCCGUGGCGGCCUAUUAUUGUCGCCUACAAAGGCGCCAAGCAAUCCUUUUCAAUCCAAGUCGAAGAUAGCGUCGUCCCCUCCAUUGCCUAGGCAUGCAGCGCCGGUCACACCUGGGCCUGUGGAAGAAGAUAUAUGUGUUGUGGAUGAGCCAGAAGAUUUUCCACCUCCCCCACCCCCGGAGGAAGAAGUAAAUGGCGGUGGAAAUUCGCAAAUUGUUGAUGACGAAGUUGUGCUUGAAACUGUUACUAGUGAAGCCUCAGUGUCUGAUCCCAUUGAAAUUGUAAGCAAUGAGAAUCCAUUUCAAAGUAAAAAUAAGCUUGGCCAAUCUCCGCCAAACUUAUAUGAGGAAAACCCUUUUCAGACUAAAAGCAAAAUUGCAGAGUCUCCCAAAAGUUAUGACAUAUCAAAAGAUAUGAAACCAUUUCAAAGCAAUUCAAAAAUGGGUAGGAGUCCCCCGGAUGGGAAUGAGGCACCUGUUAUUGAUGAAAUUCAUAACGGUGCUUGUGACAAUGUGGAAAAUACUGAUAUAGACAAACCAGCAAAUGAAUCUCAGAAGAAGAGCAAUGCUAAUAAAGGAUUAAAAACAAAAGCAAAGACAAAAAUCAUGGAAGCUUCUGAAAAAAAUGGUGAAAAUCUGGAAAAUGGCCAAGGUUGUGAAGAGAAGACAAAAACAGCAGAGAAGAAAACUCCUAGUCCAAAGAAAUCUGGCAUUAAAAAACCAAAAGCCAGGUCAAAGUUCAAACCUCCCACAAAUUUUGGAAUACAAGACACUGGGGAUGUUGUAAUAUUUGCCCCUCCCCCUCCGAAUUCUACGCAAAUUGCCAGUAACGAAGAUCAACCAAUGAUUGAGGAUGUUGACACUGAGACAGCCAAUCAGAUGACAGUAUCGGAGCUAGUGGGGCGGGCUGGAGGGAUGAUUGACAGUGUUCAUGAUUUUGGUGCUGCUGAUAUGCCCGAGGAGAGUAAUGAAGCUAUUACCCCUGCUUCUGAUGUGUUCAGUGAUGAGCAAGGCUGGGACGCAAUGGAGCCACAUGAAAAUACUCGACUGGAAGAGAAUUCCUUUAAAGACAGCGUGCCUGAAGUUCCGGACAAGGUCACACCAAGACGGGUCUCGGAAGCAGCCAUUCAAGGUCAAAGUGAGGGGGACGAUGAUGAAACGUCGAUGACUUCCCCACCCCCUCAGAAGCCUGCAGGUCGUAGCGUAGCCCGACACCCAGCAUCCCGGGCCCUACAGCAACAGCUGAGUGAGGAAGGAAUGAGCACAAGGGAGGCUACUCUCAAUGAAAAACCACUCUUCAUGCCAGGCAAAGGGGAGACUAUAAAGCCGUAUGUCGUCGGAGAGGAGCGGUACUUCGACGCACCCGAAUUCCCGCAGGCGGGCCGUAAAGCUGCACAGGCCAGGAUGAGGGGCAAAGCUGAUGGGGCGGGUGAGCGGAUGUCGGGGACAAGGAAAGUGGGUGGAGAGAGUGACAACAUAGUCCAGCUAGUACAGGACGUCAACUGUGAUGAUUAUACCAGUGACCAGGUAUUGAAGUACUCCCAGUCCGACUGGAACAAGAUGAGGCAGGACUUGGAGCUGGAGUUCAACACACGCCUGCUUAACAAAGAGCGCGAGUGGAGCAAGAAACUUGCAGAUCGUGACAAGAAGAUCGCCUACCUUGAUGAGCAGGUUCUCCUAUUGAGGUCUGCAAAUGAAGAUAUGAAAUGUGUUGUGACAGAAUUUGAAAAGACUAUAGCUCAACUUCAAGCUGACAAGUUGAAGAAGACCACAGAAUCUCAGCAGACAUUUGAAGAAGUGGUGAAAGAGAGAGACCAGGCUCUGGAUGACCUGCAGUCAGUGGAGACAGCUUUCUCUGAGCUCCAUCAGCGAUAUGAGAGAACGAAGGGCGUUGUUGAGGGGUUUAAAAAGAAUGAAGAUAUCCUUAAGAAGUGUGUACAGGACUACCAGAGCAAGUUAAAAACCGCAGAGGAGAAAACAGAAGCCGUUAUACAACAGGCCGAGGAUAAACUCGCUAGAGCAAGUGAUGAUAUGGAGAAGUUGCGCAGGUCUACCACUACAGAGGUGGCGCGGCUAGAGGCUGGUCACAAGAAAGCUGAGCUCAAGAUUGCUGGACUACAGAAGAGUCUUGAACAGAAGAUUCAAGAGAAUGCUGAGUUGACAGCCAUUUGUGAUGAGUUAAUUGCCAAGGUCGGGGACUAACAAGAUGAUGUGACCUUUCACAAGGGGUCCUGACCUUCCACAGAGUGAUAUUUCCUUUACAAAAGGUCAUGAAAUUUAUCAGAGCAUCAUGUUCUUCAUAAGGACUUGUGACCUUCACAAGAGGAUUUUGACCUUCAACAGUUACCAUGACAACCACACACAUCACAGUGCGGAUUAGAGACUUAUAGCAAUGAUAUCUAAGUAUGUUUUAUGGCCAAAUGUGAUAACAGCUGACAGACUGAUGUCAAGAAAUUAUUGAAAUUUAAGUUGCAAAAUUUUGUUUUUUUACAGUGUGUUGUAUUCAUCAGCUAUCAGUAAUAUCAUUUUAGUUUUCAUGUUCAAUACUUGCCAAGAAUUAAGAGAAGAAAUAUAAUAAAUGUAUUCACUUUUAAAUAGAAAACAUUUAUCCAUUGGUGAGAUCUAAGCCAUCAUUUCAAUUAAAACAGAUAUGUUUUAUUAUAAAAGCUGCUGAUGUAUAUAUUUCUUUUGAAAUUAAUACCUAUAAUUUGGCACAAAUUCAUGUAAAAUGAACGCUAUGUAGGAAUUUGAUAUAUUUUUGGUACCUGACUGAUACACAUUCAACAAUAUAAGUAUAACUUUUUAGGGAAAUCCCUUGAAAUGGGAUGAAAUUUAUUGAACAACUUUGUCCACAGUUAAAUGACCAUAAUGUGUACAUUUUCUUUUCAUUUUUUAUUAAUAACUGUUCAAUAUUGUAAACCCUGGAACCAUGGUCGAAUCAAGCAUAGUUGUUAAAAUGGCAGAACGUUAUUAGUAUGCGCAUACCAAAUUGCUGUAAAUGGGUCCGGUGUAACCCAGUCCCUCAGCUCAAUUAUUUGAUAAAAGGCAUACUAAUAAUCCUUUAUCAAGCUUAGUGUUUGACAUUAUAUUUUGAAUAACUGACUGCUCAUUUUACCUAUAUAAAUGUUCAGCCGAUUUUAAAAUUAUUGGAUUGGACAAAAUAUAAUUUUGAACACUAAUGUUUGGAUAUAUUUAAUAAAUCAUGUGUGACCCAUACUUGCACACUUUUCAUUCUAAAGGACAAUUUCUCUUGUUAGCAAUGCAGUUCUUCAAAAAUCCUCCUCAAGACGUAACUACAACACCUUUAUUGUGUUCAGACAUCAUCCCCCACAGUCUUAUUAUAGCCAUCAGCCACAUCCAUUCUCCGGCAAUUCGAUAUCUCCAUUAUUAUACUAGGCCAAGCUUAAAAAUAGUUCGUCUGCAGUGGCCAAACUUUUGAUCAGUGAUUCUUAUGGUUGGGAUUUAAUUUUUUUACUUUGUGAGAAACAAAACCAGAGUAAGAACUUAAAAGGGAACAAGAAAAACAUGCUGUAACAAUGAUUUUGCCUCAAUGUUUUUUAGCUCGUCUGUUUUUCAAAGAAAAAGUUAAGGUAUUCUCAUAGAAUUGAGACGUGCUUUAACAUUGUCUUUGACCAUAACUAGAAAAUGUUUAAGAUAUUGAAAUAGAACAUAUGUUGCCAGAGACAAUAUGCACAUAUACAACAAGGCACAUAACUCUAGCUGCAGCAGUUUUUUUAGUUAUGCCCCUUUAUCAACUGAAAAACAACAGACGAUUUUUAACAUUCACUCCGCGGUUUUUGUUUUAAUAUGAGCAUUUUUUGUGUGAGUCAGGCCAUGCAAACUAACAAUUGUUUAAGGAUGGCCUUAGUAUGGUUAUAUUCUGUGAUGAGUGUCUAUUUAUUUGUCCUGAGUCUGCAUCAUUUCUCAUUUGAACAUACAAUUUAGUCAUUACACAGGUAAAUGUAUUGAUGUAUAGAAAUAGUAUAUUGUAUUCCGACAGUCUAAUUUUGCACUCAAAUCACAUACAGUAUAAUCAUAAUAUAAUUAUUAUAUGAAUUAUUAUGUUGGUACAUUUGAGGACUCAAGCUUAUGAGUGUUACAGAUAUAACUGUAUUGAUUGUGUCAGCUUUUGGCUAUAUGACUUAAAAGUGUAACAUUUUGUCUAUGAUAGUUGUCCGUAUAUCAAGAAAUAUUGACUUAAAAUGAUGAAGUUUUGAUUCCGGUAUUUGUUAUUUCAUUGUUAACUUGACUGUUUUUCAAAGAAAACAUGUCGAGGUAUUGUCACAGCCUUGGUUUCAUACAAUCUGCAAAGUGGUCGGUCUGCAAAAACUUCAACCUUGCCCAUACCUCAAAAACAUGAAAGCUCGACAUUGUUACCAGUGAGAAAAUGUACACAUGUGUCAGGGUCCGUAACUCUGGAUUGAAUAGUUUAAUAAACAAAAACAGAUGAGUGUUGGCACCGGAGUGUGGUGCUCUUGUCUUUACCUGCUUGUCUCGCUGCUAUAUACAUGACAUUGUGAUAGAGGAUUACCAAUCUGCAGAGGUCAGAAAUUUACGCUUGUUUUUAAGUUGUUGCUUAUUUUUGUUUUGUUUUGUGUAUUGUUUUAUUCUAGAAGUGUUUUACUCUCUACUUGAAUAUGUUUAAAAAUUAGUGUGAAUGUAUUUUGAAUGAAAAGUUUUCAAAUAUAGAAUAUUUAGAUUAGAUCAAUGCGUCCCUUACCAUAAUUACUUGUAUACCUUAAAAACUGGUGCACUGUAAAUAAAUGGUAUAUUAUAUAAAUAACUGGUAUACUAUAUAGAUAACUGGUAUACUAUAAAUAACAGGUAUACUAUAUAAGUAAGUGGUAUACUAUAUAAAUAACUGGUAUACUGUACAAAUAUCUGGUAUACUUAAAAUAACUGGUAUACUUUAUAAAUAACUGGUAUAUUAUGUAAAUAAUUGGUAUACUAUAAAUGUUUGGUAUCUAUUAAAAAAAUGGUAUUCUAUUUAAUUUCAGAAAACAGAAAACCAAUUUUUACUGAUUCAAAUUCAUUUGCACUUUCCCUAAAACACAAUUUAAACAUUGCUUUUCACAUUGUUGAAAUUGUUGUUGUCAUUAUUCCAACAUGUUUUGUGCUAUUACCUCUUUUUAAACAGAAUUGUGUUGCAGUUUUAUCAGUACAAACUUUACCACUUUUUAAACAGAAUUGUGUUGCUGAACUAGCUAAUUGUCUUUUUUCUUCAUCCAAAUUGUGAAACAAUGUAAAAUGUAAUCAAGAUACAUGUACUUCAUUAGAAGAAAGCAAUUCAGAAAUAUGUAUUCUGUGAAAAUAGACCUGCUAGAUCAUGGUAGCACCCCUAAACUAGGCCAAAGAAGUGUCUAUACAAUAUUCUGAACAUUAAUAGCCUGCAGUCAAUUGUAUAAAACUGGAUAAUUUAUCCACUGGUUAUCUUUUGGCUAGCUUGCACAAAGCAAAUUGAUUGGUCCACAGUAACUAUUGGAUACAUAUUGACCAACCAAUACAUAUUUUGGCUAUGUUUUGUCAAACCAAAGAAAUAACCAAUUGUAUACAACUGGGUGCAGACUUCCAUGCUAACAUCACCAUUGUUCUUGUUGAGUUAUGUUUCUGUAUCUAUUUAUUAACUUCUUCACAUUAUUUAUGUAAAAUGCCAUAAAUCUGAUAUAAUACGUUUAAAAUGUGCAUUAUUUAAUGUUUCAAUUAAUGUAUUUACACCCAUUCACAGAUCUGGAAAAAGGGGUAUUAUUCAUAUUUUGUAACUAUGUUUCUGAAAUUUGCAAAUGAAAUUAUAUGUUGUUUUUAACUUUGCUUGCAAAUGAAAUCGUUCAAAACCAAUAUGUUAUUGCUUCAAAUUAUAUUCUGUACUUAUACUAUAACAAUAAAAUUGAAGAUACAA